AUAAAUUUAACUUAAAUUUGUGAAACGUUGACAUAUUCUAAUCACUCUCAUUUACGGAUUGAUAUUGUUGAGUUCGGUUUUAAAAAAUGAACGGAUUGUUAACUAUUAUUGUCGGGUUGGUUUUGGGUAUUUUGGCAAAUAAUGUGGUUCUAUCUGAUGAAUUCCAUCAUCCUACUAACUACCGAGUAAAACGGAAUGCUUUACCUACUGAAGAUGGAAUGGAAACAGCUUCAUUUUGGUUGCAGGAUGCCCAAAAAGAUCUAAAGGAAAAACUUAAGUUCAAUCUUAACAAAGAAAAAGCCAAGAAUAUAAUCUUCUUCCUUGGCGAUGGAAUGUCAAUUGAUACAGUAUCGGCAGGUCGUAUUUUCAGUGGACAGUUGGAGGGAAAAUUGGGUGAACGCAGUAAACUGUCAUUUGAAAAGUUCCCAAUUGUCGGACUUUCAAAGACUUUUUGUGUAGACAGACAAGUUGCAGAUUCAGCAUGCACAUCUACGGCUUAUUUAUGUGGUAUUAAAGCAAACUAUGCUACAAUUGGUGUGACUGCCAAUGUCACUUUGAACGAUUGUCAAGCUGGACAGGAUCCUGCGAAUCAAGUGGAAUCAAUAGCCGGUUGGGCACAGAGGGCAAAGAAGGCAACAGGUUUUGUAACCACGACAACUGUGACAAAUGCAAGUCCUGCUGGUUUGUUUGCUCAUGUCGGCCAUCGUGACUAUGAAAGUGACUUCCAAGUUAUGCAACAAAAUCAAGAUCCACACAAUUGUAGGGACAUUGCUGACCAGCUGGUCAAUGAUGAUGUUGGAAAGAAAUUUAACGUUAUUCUUGGUGGAGGCACGAGAAGGUUUUUGCCUAAUGGAACACUGGAUUUCAAUGGCAAUUCAGGUGAACGAUUGGAUGGCCGGAAUCUGAUCAAAGAAUGGUUAGAAACGAAAAAAGGCUCUGCAAAAACAGUAUUUGAUCGGGAUCAACUGCUAUCGGUAGACUACGAUCGGACGGACUAUCUGUUGGGACUUUUUUCUCCGAAUGAAAUGGCCUACAAAACUGAUGCAAAUUCAACAAAAGAUCCGUCAUUGGAGGAGAUGACAGAAGCAGCCAUUAAGAUGUUAGAAAGCAACAAAAAUGGUUAUUUCCUGUUUGUAGAGGGCGCUCGCAUCGAUCAUGGACAUCAUCAGAAUCUAGCUCACAAAGCACUUAUGGAGACAGUUGAACUGUCAAAAGCUGUGCAGAAAGCUGUUGACAUAACUGAUGCUGCUGACACAUUGAUCGUUGUUAGUUCAGAUCACGGACAUACAAUGACCAUAAGUGGAUAUCCGACAAUCGGAAAUAAUAUUCUCGGACUAAAUACAGAGCCAAGCGAUGUAGAUGGUUUACCUUAUACAACACUCAGUUAUGCAAAUGGACCCAGUUACAAUCAACACUUUAACAAUAAGAAAACUCGUCUUGAUCUUCGUGAAGUUGAUGUUUCAGACGACGUUCUGUCGGACUCUUUUGAGGCGAAUCAUUUUAACAUUUCAUCAUUUAAUCUUUUUCCCACUCAUCAACAUAUUAAAAAUAAGAAAACUCGUCUUGAUCUUAGUAAAGUUGAUGUUUUAAACAAGGAAUAUAAAUAUGCCAGCACUGUUCCCCAAGUCGAUGAAACUCACGGAGGUGGAGAUGUUGCCGUCUUUGCAAAUGGUCCUUGGGCGCAUUUGUUUUCAGGAGUUGUAGAACAAAAUAUUUUACCUCACAUUAUGGCAUAUGCGGCUUGCAUUGGAGAUGGACUUACAAUGUGUCAAGAAUAAAAUAAAAGUUGCUUAAACGUUAUAGAAAAUAAACUUAAUAAAUUUAUUUAUGUA